AUGGGUCUAGUCAUUGCCAACUGCCUCGACUACGGUAUGAUAUUUUACUCUUCUAGCAUUCAGUGGCGCUUUCCUUGCGCUUUCCAGAUCGCACCCUGCAUCUGCGUUGCCUGUCUUGUACCUUUCCUGCCUGAGUCGCCUCGAUACUUGGCAAAGACAGGGCGAUUGGACCUUACAAUCAACAACCUUGCUGCCCUUCGUGGUGUGCAUCGAGACGAUCCCGAGUUGCAGCAAGAGAUGAAAGACAUCGAGUACAUUGUCGAGGUCGAGCAACGAGAAGAAGGAACAUGGAGCGAUGUGUUCAAAGAUGGAGGGGUCAGUGGUUCCACCCGUGUUCUCAUCGCUUGUGUCGCCAAUGCACUUCAGCAACUCACUGUCUGCGCACUUUCGGACGAAAGAUCUUCUAUUUGCGCAGUCACCCUAGUUUUCGAUAACUCUAGUACUCUUGAGAAUGCAGUUCUUGCAAUCGUCGAUGUUGGCCGCAGUACCAGCAGCGGAACCAACGCAAGCAAGAUCCGCGGCAGGAUUGGCGCCGACUUCGACUACGGCAGCACCGCACGAGGCAGUUGUGCCGAUGAGGUGAAAGGCACAUCUAGUUCUCCUACUGGAACUACUCUUCCGGUGCAACCGAACCCUGUCAAUACACAACAAGGGUAUACAGUUCCUCAAGCACCAGCAUAUCAGCGACAGCCACCAAAAACAAGCUCCAGAAGGAAAGUAGCAAAGAACUUGGGAUUCUUGAGUAUGCUUGCCAGCUAG